GCUUGGGCGAUACUCGUUGCUGAUUGGGCGAUACGUUUCCAUUUGUUGUGAUCGCCAUCUUGAACCUUGAAUCGCAGAAGAUAAUAAACCACGAGCACCCAGUUUUCUGCUUGUCUCCGAGGCUCCCGUAAAUACAGACAACCGAUUUUUCGCAGAAAGUGACUUUUUUUCUCGCCGGCAAUAUGAACAUGAAAAACGUCUCCGCUAAGUCUGAACAGGCUGUGAACGCCGCCAGGAGGCAAGGAAUGUCCGUGGACACGACACAAAAAUGGGGUGCCGCUACCAACAAGCAGCACCAGACCUCCAAGAACACGGCCAAACUGGACAGAGAGACUGAUGAGCUGAAGCAUGAUAAGAUUUCGAUGGAUGUAGGAAAACUGAUUCAGCAGGGCCGUUUGGCCAAGGGCUGGAGCCAGAAGGAGCUUGCCACAAAAAUCAAUGAAAAACCGCAGAUCAUCAAUGACUAUGAGGCUGGCAGAGCGAUUCCAAACCAAGCAAUUCUUGGCAAGAUCGAGCGUACUAUCGGAGUAAAACUAAGGGGACAGAACAAAGGAGAAAACGUCCCUGGGGCAGCCAAGAAGUAAAUUAAUUAUGGCAUGCUUCCCAGGGAAAUAGGGUUGGUCCACUUCGGGGUGGACAACUUAUAAAAAAAAUCUAAAUUAAAAAAAAUCAUUUAGCUCGCAAAAAAAUCGCAUAAAAGCAAACUCGUCAGUGCUUAAAGCAGCUAACUUGGAAUCCACUGUUCUUUUUCUACUGUACUGCAUCGACUGUCCAUAAUCAUUCAUUGAUUUGUUGCCCAAAAUGCUCUGUGUAACCCUUAACAUUAGCUAGCCUCUCAGUGGAUAAUGUACCUUUUAAAAGUUUUUCUGAUUUUAAUUUGUACAAAAAAACGAGGUUUUAUUUCGCCAUUAUUAAACAUUUCCCUCUUUUGUUAUUCUUUCAAAAGACAUCGUUUAAUAUUCUAUAAUAUUUGGUUGGCUGAUUUGUGAUAAUUCGUUUCUUGGCAAUGGUUGCAAAAUAAAAUGUAGUGCUCAGUUAGUGAA